UUUACUACAUAACAUGCAUUACCGACAUAUGACUGCUUACCAUCUCCGACAGGAUACUUAAUAACUCUAACGCCAUAUAACAAAAGCACAACCAACACCGCUACCAUCUCCACCGUCACCGCGUCCUAUUCUACCGCAUCCUCCGCCAUCACUGCCAACACCAUCAACACUACCAUUUGCACAUCCCACUACAGCCAUAACAAACUGCCAAAAUUCUACGUCACACCCGCCACUAGCAUCUUAAACGAUUCUAUAACUUUAUUACCACCACCAGCAUCCCCGCUGUCUCCAUCACCGCGGAGGCCGUCACAACCGCCACCGCCGUCAUCAUCACUAGGAGAACUAAUACCUCCAUACUAACAUCACUCCCCCCAGCACCCUUGCCUCCGCCAGUAUCACCAACACAAGCAACAUCAACGCGAAUAACAAUAAGAGCAACACCAGCAUCACUAUUACUUCCAUUAAAAGCAUCAUCAUCACCAUAACAACCACCACCACCAACAACAACAACAACGAUAACAACAUCAAGUAAUACGACCAACAGAACCGAUACCGUCAUCGCUACCAGUAACCAUUCAUUCCACCACCACCACCACCACCACCACCUCCUCCACCACUGCCGCCGGCGCCGCCUCUAAUAUCAUCACAACCAAGAUCAGCAGCACCAAAACCACCACCACAACAACAACAACUGCUAGACAAGCAGCAGCGGCGUCAAUCGAAGAAGGAAGGUGGGGCUAUACGGGUGGUGUGCAUGUAGUUCUUGCAAGGAGAUGUGGUCGAAGUGGCAGCUAUACAGGAAAUAUAGAAAUGGGUCGAAGUAAAGAUAUAACAUGAAAGGAGAAGAAAGAAAUAGUGAAACUACUGGGAGAAGGGGAUACAACAAUUGUAAAUUCUAAAAUGCUAAAUAGUGAUCACAGAACAAAAAAAAAACAGGUACAAAAUACUGUGAGAUUAAGAAUAAGGAAGAAAACGGGUUUCAAGAACAUCUCAAAUAGAGAUAAGAGAAAACUCAAAAGAAUUAUGUGCAAGAAAAGUGGUUUAACCAACAAACAAAUCUUUGAAGAUGCAGGAAUCUCUAACAUACAAAGGAAAAAAAACGUUGCACAAUAUUAAAAGAAAUGGUAAACGUCAUAAAUUUCGCAAAAUUGCCUCCUUAAAAUAAAAUAGAACAAAGAAAAAAGAGUGACGUAGGCAAAAAGAUAUAUGAAGACAGACUUUACAAAUGUAAUUUUUACUGACGAAUGCAGAGCAACAUUAGCUGGAUCUGACGGAUGAACAAGAGGCUGGGUGUUAUAUCGAAAAAGUCAACCAAUACGUAUAAGAAGGCAGCAGGAUGGUGGAGGAAUCAUGUUUUGGAUGAGACAUUAUAGGUCCAUUUAAGGUUGUUGAUGGAGUCAAAAUAAAUGCUGAAAAUUAUUGCAAGUUUCUUGAUGACUAAUUCUUCCAUUAGAACAAGUCAACAUCGCUAAGUUUCAAGUUAAAGAGCAUAUUUAUGCAUGAUAAUGCCCCUUCAUACUCUGCCAAACUCACUAUUAACUUUAGCAAAGAAAGGUUUCAAAGAUCAUAAGAUAAUGGAAUGCCCCCCCAACCCAAUCUCCAGAUCUAAACCCAAUAGAAAAUUUGUUGUCAGUUAUUAAAAAAGAUGUAUUGUAUAAUGGUAAAAAAUUACCCAAACAAGGAUUUACUAAACUGCUGCAAGUAACAUUAAAAGUGAGAUUGUUGAGAAAUGGGCAAAAUCAGUUGACGAGAGAAUAUUUAAAGUUAUAGAUGGAUCAGUUCAGAAUGUCGGACAGUCCAAAAGAUCUUCGGGCAGAUUCUUUGGAAUCUCCUUCUCGCAUGUGGCUAUGCGCUAGUUGCGGCAAGCGUAUAAUGGACCGCUAUUAUAUGAUGGUUGCUGAGCGCCAGUGGCAUGCCUCUUGUCUUAAAUGCUGUGAGUGCAAGUUGAGGCUCGAUUCUUAUUUAACAUGCUUCGCCCGUAACGGCAACCUCUACUGCAAGGAAGAUUAUUAUAGGAGGUACGCAAUUCGUCAGUGUGCUCGAUGCAACACGGGUAUUUCUGCACAAGAACUUGUCAUGAGGGUGCGAGACCUAGUGUACCAUCUAGGCUGUUUUGUGUGUGAAGGCUGUAACAGGCCAUUGACCAAGGGGGACCAUUUCGGCAUGAAAGGCGAUCUGGUUUACUGUCGGACAGAUUAUGAACUCUUAUUUCAGGAAGGAUGCAGGGAAUAUGUACCAUUGAGGGAGCAGAGAACAGAUGAAUCAGGAGGCCAUAACGAAAGUUUAUGUGAUGUCAGACCUCUGGUAGCUGGACUUGAAAGGGGCCAUGUCCCAUCUAACUAUACUGGAGUGGUUCUGCCAAUACAGCCAAAAGGUAGAUCACGUAAAAGAAAAACAGGAUGCUUAAAUGCGACGCUAAAUUGCCAGGCUGGUGGCAUGACAACGGCCGAAGGUCUCGAUCGCUCGACCAAUGAUCUCGAGAGAGAUGCGUACUCGACGCCUCGGCAGAAACGCAUGCGCACGUCGUUCAAACAUCACCAGCUGCGCACGCUCAAAUCCUACUUCGCCCUGAAUCACAAUCCAGACACAAAAGACUUGAAGCAGCUGGCCCAAAAGACCGGGCUCAACAAGAGGGUACUCCAGGUCUGGUUCCAGAACGCACGAGCCAAGUAUCGAAGAAACAUUUUGAAGCAAGAAGAGAAACAAAUACCACCACCACAACAACAACAACAACAGCAACAACUACAGCGCCAUCAGGCGGCGGUCAUGGAGCAGAUCUGUGACACUCAGUCGAGAGCUAGCGUAGAACUAGGAGUCGGUGGUGGCAUCCAUUGUAAUAAAUCGCCGGCCCUAUCUGACCUUAGCUCCACUCCUUCACUUUCCGAUCUCCAUCACCAAGGUACUAGUUCGCUAUCCGACCCAGAUGCAUCGGGUGGCAGCAGUCUGGCCGAACUAUUUACCAACACCAUACCUCCAAUUACAUGUUGAUCUAUAUUAUAUAAUAGAAGCAAAUAUUUGCCUAAAAUAUUCACUUGAA